CAUCAUCAUUACUUGGAAUUUAUAGUGUGCACUCAUGCUCAGAAUUGAAAUCGUGGCCAUUAAAAAAUGUUAUUAGAAAAUAUGUGAAAUUGCCGCAUAAAAAUGACAAAUAUGCAGUUUUUCCAUUAAUACAUAACAAAAUUUAACAUGUAUUGAAGCAGAAUGGCUGGCACGUUGAAGAUGUACGCAGUCGUUGAAUUUGAAGAUGGACUCUCAGUAGUUCCAAAGAAUUGGUUGACUGAAGAUUCGACGGAAGCUUUUUGGCCUAUGUACACUAGUACUGCAAGACACAACAAAGCAGUUAAACGUGCGGCGGAGCCGGAAUCUACAUGGUCAAAAUGUUCCAUCCGAAAAAUAUAUGGGACAUAUUUGAGUUAUGACGUGGCAAGACAAAAGUUGAAACGAGCCGAAGAAGAGUCUGAUCUUACAUCAAAUACCGAGAAAGAUGAAUGUCGUAAGAAAUCAAGGAAAAAUAGAGCCAAAAAAGAUAGGAACUCAUCAAUGAGCAGCAAUGAUAAUGAACUGUCAGAUGACAGUAUAUGUGAGAAUAUCCCAAAAGCACCGAAUAAGUUAUCAAACGAAGUUACACAUUGGACAAAAACCAAAAAUGCACAAAAAAAUCCACCACGUGGUGUUAAUUCUGGCCGCAUUAAACCCGGAGGGUCUAGGAAUCAUCAAACACAAGAAGAAGAAGUAGACGACCCAGUAUAUAUUCAAAGAGAUAAGCGAGAUUAUGAAGAUAAUGAUGUUCAAUCAAGUUCGAAUUUGACCUCUAAUAAAGGUCAAUAUAUAAGUUUUGACGACAGAUCAUAUGAUAACAGACAGAGUACAAAGAAAAUGGAAAAUACUGCAUCAAACAAACACUACAAUGGAGGAAAAAACGAUUUUCGUCCACCAAGUGUUGUUAGUUCUGGCCGCAUUAGACCCGGAGGGUCUAGGAAUCAUCAAACACAAGAAAAAGAAGUAGACGACCCAGUAUAUAUUCAAAGAGAUAAGCGAGAUUAUGAAGAUGAUGGUCUAUCAAGUUCGAGCUUGACCUCUAAAGAUUCACGAAAUAAAAAUGUUUUGAAGGAUGAAGAAUCAUGUGAUGAUGACGAUAAUGAUAAUGUUAAUACUUUAGUAAUGUCAUUAACAGGAAAGAAGACUAAAGUACUAGGACCAAAUUACAAUUUUAAACUAAAAUCAAAUGAUCCUACACUAUAUUUAAUUCGAAAAGUAACGGAAAUAGCCACAAGCAUGACCAACAUACUCACGGCCAUACAAAAUAUUGAACGGCGCGUUGGCACACUUUCAACUGGUACUUUCGAAACGGAAGAAAGACAAAAAAUUGAUAUUUUUAAAGAUCUGCCAUUGAAGGAUGAAAACGAUCUUGAAGCGAUGGAGACAAAAUUAAAAAAUAACGCAUCUUAUUGAAGU